AUGCGCAGGUAUCAUGAAAUAUGGUCACAGGCUGACAGCAGUCAUGACGAGUUGCACUACUUCGACGGAAACGUGCAAAGGCUGAGGGCGUUCCAUGCAACUCUCAACAUUGCACUUGCCCUUGGAUCCAUCCGCGCCCGUUCCGACGCCGCCUCUUUGAAAAGCGCCAAAACGUACUAUGAUAGAUCCAGCCUGCUACUACAAGACGCGGAUAUGGAACAAGGGUCAAUCCAGCUGGUCCAGGCCCUGGUUCUCACCGCACAAUACCUGCAGAGCACCGAUAUGGCUAACAGAUGCUGGAUAACCAUCGGUAAUGCCAUCCGAAUAGCCCAGGGAAUUGGAGUGCAGCUGGAUCGCCCCUCCGAGAGUCAGGCCGAGCGUGAAGAGAGGAGGCGGACGUGGUGGUGCUGUAUACUCAUGGAUAGCAUGACUUUUGGUCGGCCGGUCAUGGUUGUUUGGCGAACAUUGGUCCCAAAACCGGAGCCUAUAGACGACGAAUACCUGUCUGAAAAGCCCGGGAGUUCCAGUGAGCCUAUGGAACUGCAGGAACUCUCGACGAAUGCCUUCUUUUCCCAGACCCUUAAGCUUACCGAUGUUCUGAUGUUGGUGCUUACUGGCGUUCUUUUGGCGUCCAAGGAACCGCAAAGGUCGACCGACUUCCAAUACAUGGUGAUUACAGGAUGUGUUCGCUCAUGUAUCUCGGCUGCUCAGGAGCUCGUUGAUUUGCUUCACAUUCAGCUCCACAGCGACUGCGCCCCUCCGCGUUGGUUUGCCGUGUUUUAUCUCUUCAGUGCCGGGACCGUUCUGCUUUCGGUCUUAGUCUCGCCGAAUCUUCAGCGCGCCUAUACGGAAAAUCUAGAAGGACUUCUGAACACAUGGUCCUGCUGUAUGGAAGCUUUGACGUACUAUGGGCAAGCGGGCGACAUGUUUGCCAAGCGAUGCCAUAAGAUUCUACAAGCAGCUUUGAGUCCCCGUUCCCGGCUGGUCUACGAUCAAGACCCUAUUCCGGCCGAAAACAACGAACACACCCAAAGGGGGUCAAACGAGGAUAAUGUGGACCAGCCGUCCACAAUGGAUGAAUUCCAGGCGUUGCUACAAGACCCUGACCUCGCCGAUGCUAUGGCAUGGCCGGCAGGGAGUCAGGACUGGCUCAAUAGCCUACCAGAGGAGAGAAGCGGUGUUUUCGCUCCAAAUGACUAUGUGGAGUCCAUCUAA